AUGGGCGCGCGUGUUGUUUUGCCACGGGCCGAAAGCACUAAAAGGCGCGCGCAACGUGGGAUUGGAGAAGGGGAAGAAAGCUUGGGGAGGGUCACCUUAAUGGAAUGGACCAAAGGCGUGUUGCGACGGGGAAGGGCAGAGGGGAACUUCCAAUCCGAAGCGAUCAAGGGAUCCAAGGAAGACGAUGAUUUGACGGAAGAUGAAGAAGAGGGGAAGAAGGCGAGGGAAAAGGCGGUGCGCGACCGGAGACCCGCCCAAGCCGCUGCUUUGGGAGGUCGUUCCCACCGGCCCAACCAGAUCAGUCUCGUAUAG